AUGAAGCGAGAGAUUUUGGACAAAAUGAGAAUGGCUUCACACAGAUUCACGAUUGAGCAGUUUGAGCUGCUUCGGCGGCUGAGAGCGUCAGGAAUAACGAAGGACGAAGUUGUAUUGGCUUUUGAGAACUUCGACAGAGUGGAAUGGGAACUCCAGGUUGGUAGGGGCCUGUUGCGAAGUAACAACGGUGGGAGGCUGAGCGUAUCAGCGACGAGUCCGCCCCAGAUCAAUGGGGGCCGGAUGCCGAUGCAUGUUAGAGAUACAGAGCGAACCCUCUCCUCGGAAAAGGAGCACCACCAUCAUCCGAACGGCAACGGUACGCACGGCGAGCACAACGGACGACCGAAGUCGUCGGCGCAGAGUACGGGCGCAUGCAGCGUGUCGUCGAACGAAGACAGCUCGGCGACGGAAGGACGCGAGCAGAUGACUCCCCCUCUUCGAUUGACGAACAAAACACCACCUCCGCACCGCGGUUCGACUGACAGUUCAUCGUUGCUCCCCUCGAUGCUGGGGGCUACCGAUAGCGACAGUAUUCAAGCCACAGCGGCAGCAUUGUUCGCCUCAUUACCAUUGAUGGCAACUCCGCAUGCUCCGCAUACGCCCAACAGCAUACCCAACAGCCAACUCGCCGUUGUCGCUCCGCAAACACCCGUUUCAUGGAGCGGCGAUAGUGGUUCUAUGGUGCCUUACCUCCCAGACGAAUAUUGCUCACCGGAUGUUGAAAAACUCAAACGCAAAGGCGAAGAAGCCCUUCUCAGUGAGAUACGCAGCUUCGUCAUGCAAUACAACAUCAAGCAGACGAUGAUUGCCGAAAUGACGAAGAUGUCGCAAGCCUACGUGAGCCGGUUUUUCCGUGGAGACAUCGUCGACAUGUCGGAGCGAACGAAGAAUACCUUCUACCAAUGGUACUUGACGUGUAAAAACAAUCCGCUGAAAUAUGGUGAGUCCGAUAACAAUCCAAGCAGUUGUCCUUCGCAUCCGGGAGUGAAACGAAUGGUUAGCGAGAACGGUGACCUGAUACCUUUGAAACGAGAACGAUUCACAUUCAAAAGUGCCCAUUUGGCGGUUUUGGAGCGUUACUACGAACGCGACCCAUACCCCGACGGACAGACGAGAGAGCAGAUCGUAGAUGAGUGCAACGCGGCCGUAGAGCGUCCCGAUCGUCCUUUAUCCGAUCGGGAGAAAGUCAGCCUGCCUGUCGUUAACAACUGGUUCAACAAUCGAAGAAAAGAAGCCAAGAAACAAAUGCGACAACAGCACGGUAAGCAAUCUGCUGCAGCCGUGGCCCAACAAGAAGCGGCGACGGCUCCCGCUUUUGCGGCGGGAGCGGCUCUGCUCGCCAUGCAACAGGGUUGGCAACAACAGCUCCUGCAAAACAAUUUGUCGGUUUUCGCGGGUGCGGCGGGUCAACCAGGUGCGUCGCCACCUCCCCAGCCGCAGCCCUUGAGUCUUCAACCGCCAAUGGACGAUGACGAUUCGAGAGGAAGUUAUUCUAUUCCUGAAGAAGCGAUGGCAAUCGAUUUCUCUGAAGGUGGGGCUGCCGCUAGAGAACGCGAAGCCAGCAAAGUGAACGAGCUCAAGAUCAAGCAGGAAGCUGUCUCGUAG